UCUCUGUCUCCUCUUGGCUUUGGAACUUCCGAAGAUUUGAUUUUACUCACUACACAAAACCAAUCAUAAAGAAAAAUUCGAAAAUCUAUAGAAGAAAAUCUCCCAGCAAAAAAAAAAAAACAUUUUCUUUUUGUAAACACUCGAAUUCUUCUUGUCUCGCCGAUUUCAUCCUUUUGAUUCAAUCUCUGGAACUUUGGCAUUACACUGAAUUCGAGCUCUGAGAGAGAGAGAGAGAGAUUUUCGAUUCGCUGUAAUCCGAAACAUUAACAAUCUUGUUUCUUUCUCUUUCUUCGAUUCCUCCUCUAUCAAAUGGCGAAUGCAUCUGGAUUCUUCACUCACCCUUCAGUUUCUUCCCUGCGAAGCAGAAACCACAUCCCAACUAGAGUUUCUGGAUCUGGGUUUUGCGUUUCGAGAGGUUUCUCUAAAAGGGUUAUUUGCUCCGGCGUUAGCUCCGUUGGUGGCGUCGAUAAGCAUGCUUCGCCAUCUCCUUCUGAAUAUCGACGACCCAGGCUAGUGCCGAGUGGCUGCAAAUUGAUUGGAUCUGGUUCAGCAGUGCCAAGUCUUCUGAUUUCUAAUGAUGAUCUUGCAAAAAUAGUGGAUACCAAUGAUGAAUGGAUAGCUACUCGUACGGGUAUUCGCAACCGUCGAGUUGUAUCAGGCAAAGAUAGCUUGAUUGGCUUAGCAGUAGAAGCAGCAACCAAAGCCCUUGAAAUGGCAGAGGUUGUUCCUGAAGAUAUUGACUUAAUCUUGAUGUGCACAUCUACUCCUGAUGAUCUAUUUGGUGCUGCUCCACAGAUUCAAAAGGCACUUGGUUGCACAAAGAACCCGUUGGCAUAUGAUAUCACAGCUGCUUGUAGUGGAUUUGUUUUGGGUCUAGUGUCAGCUGCUUGUCAUAUAAGAGGAGGCGGUUUUAAGAACGUUUUAGUGAUUGGAGCUGAUUCUUUGUCUCGGUUUGUUGAUUGGACGGAUAGAGGAACCUGCAUUCUCUUUGGAGACGCUGCUGGUGCUGUGGUUGUUCAGGCUUGUGAUAUUGAGGAUGAUGGGUUAUUUAGUUUUGAUGUGCACAGCGAUGGAGAUGGUCGUAGGCAUUUGAAUGCUUCUGUUAAAGAAUCCCAAACUGAUGGUGCCUCGAGCUCCAAUGGCUCUGUAUUUGGAGACUUUCCUCCAAAACAAUCUUCCUACUCUUGCAUUCAGAUGAAUGGAAAAGAAGUAUUUCGCUUUGCUGUCAAAUGCGUUCCCCAAUCUAUUGAGCUUGCUUUACAAAAAGCCGGUCUUCCUGCUUCUUCCAUUGAUUGGCUCCUCCUCCACCAGGCAAACCAGAGAAUAAUAGACUCUGUGGCUACAAGACUUCAGUUUCCACAGGAACGAGUGAUUUCAAACUUGGCUAAUUACGGUAACACAAGCGCUGCUUCGAUUCCUCUAGCUCUUGAUGAGGCGGUGAGAAGCGGAAAAGUUAAACCGGGACAUACCAUAGCCACUUCCGGUUUUGGAGCCGGUUUAACUUGGGGCUCAGCAAUUAUCCGGUGGAGAUGAAUGGCUACGUCCAAUAUGUAAGUUUACUUCAGAGCCAAAGUUUGUUUUUUUUUUUCUCUCUUCCACAGAGUAGAGGAAGCACUGGAAAUUGGUUUAACCGGCCUGGUUCAGUCCGGUUAAACUAGAAGUAAAGCGCAUUUUGUCUGAUUUCGUUAUAUUUUUUCCUUUUUCACUUUUUUUUGAAGGUUUCAUUGUUGUUACUUGAUAACUUGUUAGUUAUUUUGAAUGCUAAUAAAAAAAAAUAGAGCGUUCUUUCACCA